AUGGAUUCUGAUUCACUGAAAAAUUCCGAUAAUAAAGCGGAGAUCUUCCACAAUGAGGACCUGACCUCAAUAGGCUUGGAUGACUCCAUUGAGGAAACGAACCCCGGAAAGGCAGUAUGGCUGAUUGUCUGUGCGGUGUCUAUGGGUGGCUUUCUAUUCGGCUAUGACACGGGGGUCAUAUCUGCCGUUCUCGUCAAUCUGGGGUCGGACUUGGGGAAGCCACUCAGCUCCAAUGAACAAGAAUUGGUUACAUCCAUCACCUCUGGAGGCGCUCUGAUAGGCUCAGUAGCGGCGGGCAUGACGGCCGACAAGUACGGCCGCAAACUUGCCAUUUACAUGACUGUUGGCCGCCUCGUUGUGGGCUUCGGCGUCGGCGAGGCUGCGAUGAUUGUCCCAUUGUACAUUGGAGAAAUGGCCCCGGCACGGUUUCGUGGCCGCCUCAUAGUCUUUGACAAUAUAUGUGUCACUUUCGGUCAGCUUGUCUCAUACGCACUCGGCGCCGCGUUUACGAAUGUGGCUUCUGGGUGGAGAUACAUGGUGGGCCUCGGCACUGUACCUGCUUUGUUGCUUGUUGUGAUGAUGCCAUUUUGCCCUGAGACGCCUCGUCAGUUGGUCCUACAUGGUCGACUGGAAGAGGCUAAGUGUGUGAUUGCGAAGAUAUUCCCACGAGCCACUGACCAACAGGUCGAUGCGAAGGCGAGAGUGAUCCGACAUUCAAUUGAAGAAGCCACCGCAUCGAUUUCUAAUAAGAGCCUUGUAUGGCAGAUGAGACAGCUCUUUACUGUUGGUCAGAAUGUGCGAGCUCUCAUAACUGCUUGCGCCGUCAUGGCGGUAUCCCAGCUAGGAGGCUUCAAUACGCUUAUGUACUAUAGCUCCACGCUUUUUUCGAUGGUUGGGUUUGACAAGCCCACGGUCGUGUCAAUCGUGGUUGGAGCCACUAACUUUAUAUUUGGAUUCCCAAACUUCAUCUUCAUUGACCGCCUCGGCCGACGGCGGAUGCUCCUGUGCCUGUCAUUGGUGGUUGCCUCCGUAGCCUUCCACUGGAUUCCAGUGAACCAUGACCUCACGGCCGUUGAGACGCGUGAGAUGGGCUGGCCUAAUAUCUUGCUUCUCGUAUCUCUCAUCGUGUAUAUUGCCUUCUACGCAGCAGGGGUGGCCCCGAUCUCUUGGGUAGGGACGGAAUUUUUACCUCUCGAAGUUCGUGCAUUGGGGACCAUGAUGAACAGUGUAACCUGCUGGGGCUGCAACAUCAUUAUAUCGUCAACCUUCCUGUCGAUGAUGAAGGGAAUGACCCCUAGUGGAGCCUUUGGUUUCUACGCUGGAAUAUGUUUUCUUGGAUUUAUCUUUGCAAUUUUCUGCUAUGCAGAGGUUCAUAACAUGCCCCUCGAGUCUGUCCGUGAGAUUUAUAACCAUGGAUUUGGAGUCAAGUAUGCACGAAAGGUGCAGAAAGAACUUCUCGAAGCUAGAAUCUCAGAGGAGAGCACGGCGUGA